CAGCGCAGCAAGGAUGAGGACGGGGACACGGCCGUGGCGGUGGAGCGGGACCACUUCAUGGACGACUUCUUCCACCAGGUCGAGGAGAUUAGGAACAGUAUAUAUAAAAUCGCUCAGUAUGUGGAAGAAGUGAAGAAAAACCACAGCAUCAUUCUUUCUGCACCAAACCCGGAAGGGAAAAUAAAAGAUGAGCUUGAAGAUCUGAAUAAAGAAAUCAAGAAAACUGCCAAUAAAAUUCGCACCAAGUUAAAGUCCAUCGAACAAAGUUUGGCUCAGGAUGAGGGCGGGCAGCGCACCUCCGUGGACGCCCGGAUACGGAGGACCCAGCAUUCGGUGCUGUCUCGGAAGUUCGUGGAGGUCAUGACAGAGUACAACGAAGCGCAGACCCUCUUCCGGGAGCGGAGCAAGGGCCGGAUACUGCGCCAGCUGGAAAUAAGGCGAGAUGAUCAACAACAUAGAGAGAAACGUGAUGAGCGCUGCCGACUACGUGGAGCAGGCCAAGGAGGAGACCAAGAGAGCCACCAAGUACCAGAGCAGAGCGCGGCGGGUGAGUGCGUCCUCCUCCUCGCUGUCUCCAGCGGUCAUGCUGAUGUGAGCGACUCCGCGGGUGUUCCAGGCAAUAAAACUUCCUUAACGUUCUGGUUUCAAACGCAAGUAAUUCUUUUUGCUGAGAAGCUUGAAGUUUGUUGGAUAAAUCACGUUGACCGUGAACCCGUCUGUGUUCUUAGUGAUUACGACCCCUCACAACCGGGGUCCCGCGUCCCCCUUUCCUAGGUUGGAUCUGGUUCAUUCCAGGGUUCUCUGUUUCUCGGGUCAUUAUUUGGAGGGAAACAAACUAAAGGGAUCGGAAAUUCUCCUAAAACCCAGUGAUUACACAGCCUUUGCCAUGAACACGUGAUUCUCAGGCAUUACUGUAGGCUGGGCCUG